AUGAGCAACCCUUUCCUGCAAAAUGACGCGCCAGCAAUCUCUCGCCAUAGGUUCAUAUGCGAACUGGAAUUCGUUCAAAGCUUGAGCAACCCAGACUACCUUCAUUGGUUGGCUAAAGAAAAGUAUUUCGAGGACCCGAAAUUUAUUCAGUUCCUGCACUACCUGCAAUAUUGGAAUGAUCCGGAGUAUGCGUGCCGGCUGCUUUUCCCUCAAUGUCUCGUUAUUUUGCGCUCGUUAAUCAGGUCGCCUCAGUUUCGAAAAAAUCUUGCGGAUCCAGAUGCGGCUCAGAUCUUGAAAAAGCAACAAUCAUGCGCGUGGAUUUAUAUGGAUAGAACGCCGGAAGAUUUCAGGCAAAUGUCCUGA